AUGUACGAAGGGAUUGACAACCUGAAAUCCCUUUACGACCGUGCCGGGAAGACUUUCUCCGGCGGUCCUUCUGCGGCACAGGAUGUGUCGCGUCGUACUGCUCGACCAGACCCAGUACGUCAACCAUCAAUUGGGAGCGGGGCUCCCAAGAAUCCCAGGACGGGGGAUAGCCGCGCCACCGGGCGAGGUAACUCGUCCGACGUCCGUUCACGUCGCGGUGGUUCAACAGCUGCUCUACUAGAUAGCGCUGGCCACCGCGAGAGUCCUCUAAUGGAGGUGGAGGAGGAGGAAAGACGCUCUCCACACGAUCAUGUGGAUCGGUGUGUUCCCGAGAGCUUCUUUGAUCGCGUAACGCAAGGGUUACGCGACGAUCUCGAGCAUGAGCGGAAUAGGCGUCUCCAGAUGGUGGACACUGCCUCGAAGCAUCGAGCUGAGUUUGCCUUUGCUCAGCUUGAGAACGAGAGAUCUCUGACAUCUCUUCGUGACGAGCUAAGGGUAGCUCGUGGGAUUGUUGAUCGGUCUCGGGCUGAGAUAACUGCUCUUCAGACCCUUGUUGAUGCCCACCAUCGGGAGCACAAGGCUCUCUGCGAGAUGCUUGAGCGCAAGGGCGUUCUUCAUCGGAAGAAGCAGCGUACUGAUGGUACGGCUUAA